ACACAACACAACAAGGAGUAUACACACACUACUUCACCAAAAUUUUACACACACAAGAAUCAAAAAUAGCUCCAAUCAAUACUAAUGACUUCUUCUACUACUUCUAUUUCUACUCAAAAUUGGGCUAAUACACAAACCAAAUUUUUACCUUCUUCUACACAAGAUGUUUUUGGUUCAUUUUCAACAUCUUCUAUUUCUUUUAACCAAAAACCAAAUUCUAGAAUUGCUUGUGCACUUCAAACACCUUCAAUUCUUCAAAUUCCAAAACAAACACCUAAGAAAAACUCAAUAGAAUUACCAUCUUUCACUUCGUUGCCACAUGUCCCAAAAAAUUGGAACUUUUUACAAAAAUUUGCAGCAAUGGCAUUGGAUGCUAUUGAAGAUGGCAUUAAAGAAAAAGAAAGAUUACAGCCUUUACCGAAAACAGCCGACCCAGAAGUUCAGAUCGCCGGAAAUUUUGCUCCGGUGCCGGAACAGCCCGUAAGAAAAUCUUUGCCAGUCACCGGAAAAAUCCCGGAACAUAUACAAGGUGUUUAUUUACGAAACGGUGCGAACCCAUUAUUCGAGCCGACUUCGGGCCAUCAUUUGUUUGAUGGUGACGGCAUGAUUUAUGCCGUGAAGUUGGAAAAUGGGUCGGCAAGUUAUGCUUGCCGGUUUACUGAAACCCAACGGCUGGUUCAAGAACGAGCCAUUGGGAAACCGGUUUUCCCCAAAGCAAUUGGGGAAUUACAUGGGCAUUCCGGGAUAGCGAAAUUGUUAUUGUUUUAUGCACGUGGGUUGUGCGGGAUCAUUGAUCAUACUAAAGGCAUUGGGGUCGCCAACGCCGGUUUGGUUUAUUUUAAUAACCGGUUGUUGGCGAUGUCGGAAGAUGAUUUGCCUUAUCAUGUUCGUGUUACACCCUCCGGCGAUUUAAAAACCGCUGGAAGGUAUAACUUUAAUGGUCAACUUGAGUCAACUAUGAUUGCUCACCCGAAACUGGACCCAGUUUCGGGUGAGCUGUUUGCACUCAGCUAUGAUGUUAUUCAAAAACCAUACUUGAAGUACUUUCGAUUUUCACCUGAUGGUAAGAAAUCAAAAGAUGUUGCUAUUGAUUUGGGAAAGCCUACUAUGGUACAUGAUUUUGCAAUCACGGAGAAUUUUGUAGUUGUGCCAGAUCAUCAGGUUGUUUUCAAGAUGUCCGAAAUGAUCACGGGCGGGUCGCCCGUGGUGUACGAUAAAGAGAAAGUGUCGCGGUUUGGUGUACUUAAUAAAUAUGCGGAAGAUGGGUCGGGUAUUAAAUGGGUUGAAGUUCCGGAUUGUUUUUGUUUUCAUUUAUGGAAUGCGUGGGAAGAACCCGAAAACGACGAGGUUGUCGUGAUCGGGUCCUGCAUGACUCCCGCGGAUUCCAUUUUUAAUGAAUGCAACGAGGAGUUAAAAUCUGUUUUGUCCGAAAUUCGUUUGAAUUUAAAAACAGGGAAAUCGACACGUAAGGCAAUAAUUGCGCCUGAAAACGACGUUAACUUGGAAGCGGGAAUGGUGAACAAAAACCUUUUGGGCCGUAAAUCGCAAUUUGCAUAUCUUGCAAUAGCCGAGCCUUGGCCAAAGGUGUCUGGUUUCGCCAAAGUUGAUCUUUCAACUGGCGAAACCAAAAAGUUUAUUUAUGGGGAAGAAAAAUAUGGCGGGGAACCACUUUUUCUUCCUCGAGACUCCAACUCUGACAGAGAGGACGAUGGCCACAUUUUGGCCUACGUCCACGACGAAAAAACAUGGGAAUCAGAACUCCAAAUCGUGAAUGCAAUGACAAUGGAACUAGAAGCGACGGUCAAGUUACCAUCCCGUGUUCCAUACGGCUUUCACGGCACGUUUAUUAGUGCGAAGGAUUUGGCAACUCAGGCUUAGGAAUUUAAAAGGCGAGAUUUUACCGGAGUGAUGGCUGCAGUACGUCCCCGGAGAGUCCCCUUAAACCUCUCCCUAUUAUUGGGUGUUUUUUUUUAGUCUGUUCCUUUUUUUUUUUUAAUUCUUUUGGGGCUUUUUUCAAGUAUUUGGUUUUUGAGGGACCAGUUAGUAGUUUCUGGGUGUAGGCUUAGAAAAUGAAGCUCAGCUGGUUCUCCUCUGAUGGUAGUUAGUAGUAGUUAAGUUAAAUUAAGGUACAAUUAAACAACCAAAGAGUGGAAAUUAGUUUUUAUUGCACUCCAUGUAUGUUUCAUUGUGAAUAUUGGUAAUUUGGUAUAUAUACACUAUGUAUAUGUUGAUCUUAAA